UUCAACAUCAUAUACCUUCCUUCCUGAUUUUUUCCAUUCAUUUUCAUCCCACUUUCCUAGCAAAACCUUACCCUUUUUUCUACCAAUAUAUUAGCCAAAUCUGACACAAUCCCACAAUACCAACAACACAAACAACAUCCUUAGCCACUACACUAAAUUAGCAAUGACUGAUGUUGUUUCUUCCAAGAAGAAGCUGCUCGUAAAGGAGCUUCUUCAGGGUCAAGAAUAUGCUACUCAGCUAAAGUUUCUGCUUAAGAAUCGUGUUGGUUUAGGUUCUGAUGGGUCUGCUUCGGCUAAGGAAUUGGUGGAUAGUUUGCUGAGAUCUUUCUCUGAGACUAUUUCUGUGAUGACUUCUGAAGCUUGUGAUUUUUCUGUGAAUAACUCAGAGGAAAAUGGUUCAUUGGUGUCAGCUUCAUGGAAUGAUGAUAUGAAAUCUGAAGAUUCAAGUGAGAGUAAGAAGAGAUUGUUGCCUAACACGAAAGAUCGAAGAGGUUCCUACAAAAGAAGGAGGAAAAUUCAUGUUUACCCUAAAUUAUUGAGCAGAAAGACUGAUGAGACAAGAACCAUAGUCUCUACAACAACUGGUGAUAUUCAUUCCUGGAGAAAGUACGGACAGAAGGAAAUCCUCAAUUCUCAAUUUCCUAGGAGCUACUUCAGGUGUACCCGGAAGCAUGAUCAAGGUUGCAAAGCAACCAAACAGGUACAAUUGAUACAAGAGGAUCCAGAAACAUACCAAAUUACCUACAUUGGGUUUCACACUUGCAAUGCCACUCUACAUACUCCACAAAUGGUCACAUUUUCUGCGGAUACCAAUUGGGACACAUUUCAUGUGAAUUCUCAACCUCUCUCAAUGGAAGUUCUAACAAAUUAUAUUCAACAGGAUUCCCCUAUUAUUACCUCAGAAAGACCAAUUGUGAAACAAGAAUAUCCAAACAAUGACGACAGUACUACUACUCCGAGGAGUGAUCUCACCGACGAUUUAUUCGAUGCCAACUUGUGGUCUGAUUUUAAGGAUUUUGAACUAUCCAAGCCAGAUACUAGUGUGUAUUCAUGUAGUGAAUCUCAAAAUCUUGAAAUUGAUUUUGGGGUGUUUUCUGAUUUCAGCAAUGAUUUAGUGUAUUUUGAUGAAAGGCAUUUGCUAUAACUAGUUAGCCUUUUGAGUGUAUUAUUUAGAUUUUGCUUCUUGUUGUAACAGAACCACUUAAUUAUGUAGAAUAGCUUCUUUCUACAUAGUGCUGUAGAAAGAUUGUACUUAGAUGUUUGUAUGUAUGUAUUUAUGUAAGUAUGCACAAGUUGCUUUUGUUUUUA